AUUUUGAGCGCUGGACCUUCAAGCUUUUUAAAUUGUUCAGGCGUCACACUUGUUCAGACGGGCAGUGAAAGAGUAAGUGUGUGUGUGUGUGUGUGUGUGUUGCGAGAAGAGACUUCUGUUCUGUGAAGCCUAAUAAGGCUGUCUUCAGUCACAAGAGGUGCACAACCCUGCAAACAAUCAAAAUGAAGAAAAGGGAUACGCCUCUUUGUAAGCAGCAGUCUACACCCUGCUUUGGGAAAGAUAUGCCUCGGCUUUUCCCAAGAAUGUCAAUGUGCGACGUUGAUGAGAAGGUACGUCUGCUCGCAGAGAAAGUGUACGCCUCUGCCCUGAAGGAGGAAGACAACAAGGAUGCUCUGGCUCUGUUCGACGUGCAGGAGGACUGUCCCAUCGGUCUGCAUGAGGACAGGCAGAGGACGCUGCAGAAGGAGCUGGCUGCACAGCAGUCUGAAGACUCUGCUAAGAAGAAGAAGAGUUUUAUGUUGAAGCGUUCGCAGUCGACAUCUUUUCAGAUACCCAUCGGUGGUGAUCGGACCGAUCGGUCUGGAUCCGGAACGCACUCCCCGACUGCUCCUGAUCCCUUUUCCUCAGAGGUCUUUCCAGACUUUCAGAGAGUGACCAUCAGUGGAGAUUACUGUGCCGGGAUCACAGUUGAGUAUUACGAGCAGGCAGCCCAAAGUCUCCUUGGAGCGCUGUUCAUCAGAGAGAAAUACUCCAGACUGGCCUACCAUCACUUCCCCAGGAUCACGGCCCAAUUCCUUCGCAACGCCAAAAAUCAAAAGUGGCGAGUGGAGGAUGAGAUCAUGCCAGACAUCUGGCCUUCCCCUCAUGAAGGGGAGGACCCGUACUCCAUGGAGGGUAUUCCUGAGAACCUGAACUACGAGUUGCAGAUGAAGGAUGGCAUCGUUCACGUUUACGACAACGCCGAGGCUCUAAAACAACAGCAGCCUCACAGCCUUCCUUACCCCGACCUUGAGACCUUUGCCAUAGACCUGAGCCAUGUCCUCGCGAUGAUAGCCGACGGCCCGACGAAAACCUACUGCCACAGGCGGUUGAACUUCUUGGCCUCUAAAUUCUACCUUCAUGAAAUGAUGAAUGAAAUGGCAGAGCUGAAGGAGCUGAAGUGUGUUCCGCACAGAGACUUCUACAACGUCAGAAAGGUGGACACACAUAUACACGCCGCUGCUUGUAUGAACCAGAAGCAUCUGCUGAAGUUUAUAAAGACCACAUACCAUACGGAGACCGAUCGCGUGGUCUUAGAGAAAGACGGUCAGAAGAUCACGCACAAGGAAGUCUUCGACAACCUUAACAUGGAUCCCUACGACCUCACCGUGGACUCUCUGGACGUGCACGCUGGAAGACAAACAUUUCAUCGGUUUGACAAGUUCAACUCCAAAUACAACCCUGUGGGAGCCAGCGAGCUGCGAGAGAUCUACUUGAAGUCAGACAACCACAUCAAAGGGGAAUACUUUGCACGUAUCAUCAAGGAAGUGUCCAAAGACCUGGAGGAGAGCAAGUACCAGCACGCCGAACCCCGUCUGUCGAUUUACGGCCGCUCUGCCAGCGAGUGGGAGAGCCUGGCAACCUGGUUCAUCCAGCACAAGAUCCACUCACCCAACAUGAGAUGGAUGAUCCAAGUCCCCAGGAUCUAUGACAUUUUCAAGUCAAAGCAGUUGUUGCCAAACUACGCAAAGAUGCUGGAGAACGUCUUCCUCCCUCUCUUUGAAGCUACAGUCAAUCCACAAAAGCACAAAGCCAUACAUGUAUUCCUAAAAUACGUGACGGGAUUCGACAGUGUGGAUGACGAAUCGAAACACAGCGAUCACAUGUUCUCGUACAAAAGCCCGAAGCCUGAGGCGUGGACCACAGAUGACAACCCUCCUUACACCUACUACCUGUUCUACAUGUACGCCAACAUCAUGGUGCUCAACAACCUGCGCAAGGAGCGAGGACUAAACACCUUCCAGUUUCGUCCUCACUGUGGCGAAGCCGGCUCCAUCACACACCUGGUUUCUGCUUUCCUCACGGCCGACAACAUCUCCCAUGGACUCAACCUCAAGAAGAGUCCAGUGUUGCAGUACCUGUACUACCUGGCCCAGGUCCCGAUCGCCAUGUCCCCACUGAGCAACAACAGCCUGUUCCUGGAGUACUCCAAGAACCCUCUGAGAGAGUUUCUCCAGAAAGGCCUGUGUGUGUCGCUGUCCACCGACGACCCCAUGCAGUUCCACUACACCAAGGAGGCCUUGAUGGAGGAGUACGCCAUUGCAGCCCAGCUGUGGAAGCUGAGCACCUGUGACUUGUGUGAGAUAGCCAGAAACAGUGUGUUGCAGAGCGGACUCUCACAUCAGGAGAAAAAACACUUCAUCGGUUACAACUACCUGCAGGAUGGACCGGAGGGCAACGACAUUCGGCGAACAAAUGUGGCACAAAUCCGCAUGGCCUACCGCUACGAGACUCUGUGCAAUGAGCUCAGCUUCCUAGUGGACGCAGUGAAGACGGAUGUUGGCACUAACCCUGCCGAAUGAUUUACCGCGCAGGAAUAUGUAGAGGCAUAGGUUAGACAACACAUUUUUUUACUUCUUUUUAUUACAUAUCCUUCCUGAUCCAGGUUUUAUUUUAUGUUGACCUUGGUGCAGAACAUCUAGGGUGGCCUACGUAAAAUAAAGUUUUUGAUUCAAUGCUAUAUUUACGAACUUUGCAAAUCACUGUGUGCCUCAUUUUAUCGGGGAAGGGGUUUAUUUUAUUUUGAAGGGUGUGAAGUGCACUUGUGGAUUUGGAUAUAUGAUUUAGAAAUUGACACAUUCAUUCAGAAGCUGAAUAAGUUCUUACAAUUGAAAUGUUUGCAAUGCUUGUUGAAUUUGUUUCCUGUCACGAGCAUGCAUGUUACAAAGACCUUUACCUGAACUAUAGGUCUGAAAUGGAGUGUAGAAAAACAAAAUAGAGAGAGAUACACUACUUUAAGGCAGAUCAGAUUUGAUUUUUCGCUCUGAUUUCUGUCAAUUGCAUGAUUUUGUCCGAAGUGAAUGAGAAGCCAGGCAAAUAUUCAAAGACAGGUGCGAAGUGUGAAUUAAAACUAGUUUUGUGAAAUCUUUAUGGGGAAUCAUAAUCUACUGUUAUACUUAACUGUAACUGUCUUUUUUUAAUGUUUGCCAUUUCUUAUAGUUUUUCAUAUGUAAAUAAAGGCUGCAAAACAGUC